AAGUGAGGGUCUGAAAGGGAAAGCAGAGCAGCUGCAGGGAGACUUCACGAAAGCUGCAGAACAUCAGCGCUCCAGUGUGUGUGAGUGAGUGUGUGUGUGUGUGUGUGUGUGUGUGUGUUCAGGAUGUGGCAUGUCGUGUUUGUGCUCGCCACCGUCGGCUCAGCUGUGUGUGGGAAUGAGAUUGAGUUUGCGGAGAGCUCUGAAGACGACUACAACAACCAGAUUUUCCUGGAGCAGCAGGAGGGGGACCCUCGAAGCCCACCGGACCGUGCAGACCUCUCCCGCUGGGACAAGCUCUUCAUCGCCCUGGAGGACUCCCACAUGAGGCAGAACAUGCUGCUGGCGUCUGCGGAGCGCUGCUGCGGGGAGAGGAGCCAGCUGGACGCGCUGCUGAAGGAGACCUUCCGGCAGUACGCGCCCAGCCUGGUGUCGGUGUGCAGGGCCCAGGCGGAGCAGGCGGGCCUCAGGCUGCGGGACACCCUGGUGCAGCUGGGCAGGGACGGGGCAGAGAUGGAGAGGAGAAUCAACGCCACCCUGGAGCUGGUCCUGCAGAGCAGAUACGAGGAAAUGGCUCGACUGAAGCGGCUGGAGGAGGCCGUCGCCUCUCUGUCUGCAGGCGGCAGGUGGAGCGGGCCUCUCCCAUCUGGCCUGGAGGAGCAGGAGAUGACUCCACCAGGGGAGGCGGACACGACGACCGGGCGGCAGAGGGUUCACCUGCAGCUGAGCGAAGUGAUGGAGCAGGCAGGAGAGUGGAGGGAGACCAGAGGAGACGCAUGAAUCAUCCAGAAUAAGAGAAAAUAUAUAAAGGUGGACAGCGAGGCUUUAUUUUUAAUUAUUUUUAUACAAAUUAGCUUUUUUUCUGCUUAGAAUAAACUUUAACGCCAUUAAAACUGUGGGUUUGUCAAAGUGAAUUAAAAAAAAUCAAGUACAACCAGAACACCAUGGUGGAAAAUAUUUCCUCCCUCCUCCCACACCAUGAGUAAUCAUCUCAUUUUCUGCACUUCAUUUGUCUGAGGUUUAGUCUGUCUUUUAUAACGUGUUGGGCAGCUUUCUCCUCCUAAUGGCUGCUUUAAGAGUGUCUGAAUGUAAAAACUCAAAUUAGUCACAGUGUUGGUGAUUUAUGAGGCUUUGCCAAAACUUCUGUCGCCCAUCAGGCUAGCUGCAGACACGCACAGGGGAUAAGGGUGCAAAUACUUUGUUUAUGUUUGACAGAUGAGUUCCUCAAUUAUCUGCAUAAUAGUUUGUAUAAAUACAUUUUGUACAACCCCCUACUGUAAAAAAAUAAAAUUUGGGACUUGGUGUGAAUAUGAAUAAAAACGAGGCUGUUCUAAAUG